UCCUGCUUCCCUCCCAGCAGAGAGCGAGUCAAUUUAUGGAAUGAAAAGGAGACUCUUUAAUGGUUCCCAUCAAAACCACUAAAAACAUCAUCGCACCGGCUGACUUUGGCGAGGAUUCCUGUGGCGGACUGCGACCUAAACAAACACGGAGAGACACUUUCAGGGGGGGGUUUCAUCAGGGUCUGAACUUCCCAGGAGAGAAGAAGUUUUCCCGACUCUUCCUCGAUAUACAGGAUACUUUGGGAAAAGGCGACAGAAGCGCAACGCUUUUAUUUCGUUAACCUCUUUUAUUUCCACUGAAGCGAGUUCGGUGGUUCAUGUUUACAAAUGUUAGCGGUCGGGCAGAUGGACGCUAACCGGCAGAGUGCGUUCGUUCUGGGCAGCACCCCGCUGGCGGCGCUGCACAACAUGACCGAGAUGAAGACGUCGCUGUUCCCGUACGCGCUGCAGCAGAGCCCGGCGGGCUUCAAGGCGCCCUCGCUGGCCAACCUCAGCUCGCAGAUCUCCGGUGGGACCCCGCACGGAAUAAGCGACAUCCUGGGGAGACCCAUCACCACCGCGGGGCAGCUACUGUCCGGCUUCCCGCGGAUAAACGGCCUGGCGACCACAGCUGCCGGGAUGUAUUUCAGCCCUGCAGUGUCCCGGUACCCGAAGCCGCUGGCCGAGCUGCCCGGCAGGGCGCCCAUCUUCUGGCCCGGUGUGAUGCAGGGGGCCCCAUGGAGGGACCCGCGGGUUCCUUGUCCAACUCAAGGUAACAUCAUGGUGGACAAAGACGGCAAGAAGAAACACUCCAGGCCGACAUUUUCCGGACAGCAGAUUUUUGCUCUGGAAAAAACCUUCGAGCAGACCAAAUAUCUGGCUGGACCUGAGAGAGCCCGACUGGCCUACUCUUUAGGGAUGACCGAAAGUCAAGUCAAGGUUUGGUUCCAGAACCGGAGGACCAAGUGGCGGAAGAGACACGCAGCAGAAAUGGCCUCGGCCAAGAAGAAGCACGACUCUGAAACGGAAAAAAUGAAGGAGAGCUCGGACAACGAGGAUGACGAUGAGUAUAACAAGCCGCUGGACCCCAACUCUGACGACGAGAAAAUCACGAGACUGUUGAAGAAGCACAAGGCCACCACCAACCUGGCGCUGAUCAGCCCCUGCAGUAACAGUUCGGACACCUUGUGAUACCGAAGGGGUCCGCCGGAGACCUGUCCCACUCAGUUCUCACAUGAUAUAACAACAUGCGUCUGACGGGAAGCGCAUUUGUUUUGUUUUAUUUUGCUCAGGCAGAGAAAAUGCCAGAGGGGCUUCAUCUAAACUGGACACACAGAGCUCCAGAACUCCUUGUCCGAGCUGAAUUUCAAGAAAAAACUGAGACCAAGUUUCUUUCAGUGCAGAGGACAAUAAAACUGAAGAAGAAAUUUGCCUUUUUUCCAAUGUAAAGUGGGACUUUUAACAGCGGCAGUAAAUUUAAACACAAUAUUAAAUCCGGAUCAGUGCGAGUCACUCAUUUAUUAAACAACAAUAACCAUAAAUUUUCAAGGUACUUCAAGAUAUUUGGUUUGCUCAUAAUGAUUUUUUCUUUAGACAUGGUUCCAGAGAUACACCAUUCAAGCUUUUCCUGGCUGAUACCAAUUGUUUUUCUUAGGAAUAUAACACAUAAAAAAGAAAAAUGUUCUGCUGCUUCUUUGAAAAAGUUUUCAAUCCAACAGAAAACAGAAAGAUCAUCCCUAUUUAUGCAUUAAAUCUUUUUUCCCUAACUAGAAAUGCACCAAUCAGUAGGCCGGAGAUUGGAAUCAGCCAAUUUUUCAUUGAGCGGCUCUGAUUGGUGAUCAGCAAAUACAAAAAAGUCUGCUGUUCAUUAAAUGCAUCAAAACUAAGAAUUCCUACUUUUUUCGGACUAAACACAUCAACCAACAGCAUGCACCUUUUCGAGUUUAAUACACAUCAGAUAAAGGGCAGGGACAAAGGCUUUGCUACAUAAAUGAGGAAGUCUUUUUAAAAAUAGAGAAAAAUUGGCAAUAACCAGGAAAAGCCUGAUCAGUGCAACAAUAACCUAAAUUUCCAAUUUAGUUCAGGAUUUUCGUUCUUUUGCUCCUAAUUAUAUUCAGAUAAUAAAUUCUGGAUUUAUUUCCUGGUCCUUUUUUUGUUUUAAAGUAACUUGUUUUAGAUCAGAUUUAGUAGUUUUUUUACUUUAAGCCACAGUAACCAUCUGUUGUGAGCUCUGACUUUUUUUUUCCCCCACACCGACUCCAUGCUGAUCCGGAUCCCAGACGCAUGUUCCCAGUGGCAGGUGUAAACGAGGCCUGUGAGGCUUCUAAAGUUCACUUUAACCAGGGUAUAUAUAUCUGCUGUGCUAAAAAAGCAAGAUAAUUAUGUCUCUAAAUGUAGGAGGGGGGUUCUGUUUGGCUUGAGUGAAGUGAGAUUGUAUAUAUUUUUUACUGGAUAACUUAUGUUGGUUCAAACUGCGCGCUUAUUGUCUUUCUCCCACUUCCUCAGCUAUAUGACCAGCUGUUUAAGUUUUUAAUCCCUGCAGAGCCAUUUUCUCAACCUUUAAUUGAACUCUUCACGCAAAUAAGUGCAGUCAAAAAUGAAUGCUGUAAAUAAUCACCGUAAAAAGGAGGGGGAAAAAAAGCAUUUUUCUUUAACAUUUUCCUUUGUUUUCACUCAGAAGAGUUUGGGUUUUACCUCAUCAUGCAGUGGGGCAGAAAACUGCAGCAUCUUUAAUUAGGUUGAUCUAAAAAUAAAAGUAUUAUUGCUUCCAGGAAGAAUAUAGGAAGGAAAAAAAAAAAGACUUUGUAUUAUGAAUAAAUUAUUUAACAAGC